CGUUAUCGACGGGCUCCGAUCAACGCGAGGGAGGAGGGCGCCGCCCGGUGGAGCAGUCGAGAGAGAAGGGUUCGCCAGCGACGGAGCACUCCCAGCAGCGCCUCAUCGUUCGAGGCGGCCAGGUGUUUCAGGUGAUGGAGCCGAAAGGGGAAACUAAGGUGGACGGAGUGAGAAUGGCAAUGGGUGCCUUGGACUGCCCCGUCUGCUAUGAGCCCCUUAAGCCUCCGAUUUUGCAGUGUGGUGUGGGGCAUUUGAUCUGCAACUCAUGCUGCGCCAGGCUCAAGAAGUGCCCCCUAUGCCCAAGAACUGCUUUUGAGCGCUGCUACGGCAUGGAGCGUGUUGUCGAAUCCAUUGAGGUUCCUUGUUGCUUUGCCAACAACGGAUGCACCAAGAAGAUCACUUACUUCAACAAGAAAAUGCACGAGAAGGCGUGCCGGCAUGGGCCGUGCUUCUGCCCGGAACCUGGAUGCGGGUUCAUUGGGCCAGCGGUGGCGCUGGCGAACCAUGUUGCCAACCACCACAAGUGGCCGUCCAUGAAAUUCAAGUACUUUGAGCAGUUCAACCUCACUCUUCAGCCAGGCCCGCUCGUGCUCCAUGCCCCGGACGGCAACGUUUUCCUCAUGAACAUGACGCCCGUGGAGCCCCUGGGGCACACCAUCUCCCUCGUCUGCAUCCAGCCGGAGGCCACGGACUCGAGGUUUGGGUGCUCCAUGGUCUUCUCGUGCUUCACGGGCCACCACCAGAUCUCAACACUGGAUGCCGUGAGAAGCUCGUCCUUGUCUGAUGGGAUGCCAAAGGACUUCUUCUGCAUCGUGCCCAAGUCUAGAGGCAUUGAUAUAUUUCUCCGAACCACCAUAGAUAACGAGUUGGUGUAUGAAGACGAGGACGAGCUGGAGGAUGAGGAUGAUGAUGACGAGAGCUACGACGAGGACGAAGAUGAGGAAGAAGAUUUCCUACGAUGCUUAAUUCGAUCCAUCGGAUCUAGGCAGUGCUCUUCUAGUCUAGAUUUAUAAUUAUUUAAGGUUGGGAUCUUCGUCUUGACUCUGGACACGUCGAUGUCUAAGCAAACUAUGGUUUACUUGAUGAGUACUUGAAUUUCUGUAGAGUGUUUUUAUUCAUGUUCUCGUAGAAUAAUCUGAUACCGUGCUA